AUGGAGGAAUUAGACGAUUCUAUGAAUGAUGUUCUAGCUAAUAUGGACAUUCCUGAUGAUAUUCAGCCUACGACAUCAAAAACCAGCGUAAAUUCCAAAGAAACAAGUCAAAAUAAGGCACAAAACGAAGUAAAAUUAAUAACAUCCGCUAAAAUUCAAGUUCAUUCUAAUCAGAAAGGAAAUCCAUUACUAAAGUCUAUAACCAACGUUCCUUGGGAAUAUAAUGACAAAAUUGUUCCUGAUUAUGUCGUUGGGAAGCACGCUUGCAUUCUGUUCCUAUCAAUCAAGUAUCACAACUUGAAGCCAGACUAUAUACAUGAAAGAUUGAAGCAAUUAGGCAAAAAUUACGAAUUAAGGAUCUUACUGGUUCAUAUUGAUGUUAAAGAAUGUCAUAAUCCUUUAAAACAUUUGACUAGAAUAUGUCUUCUUACUGACAUGACAUUGAUGCUUGCCUGGUCGUAUGAUGAAGCUGGUAAAAUAGUUGAGAAUUACAAGUUAUACGAGAAUGUAUCAGCCGAGAAAUUAAUGGAAAGGCAGGAUGAUAUUGAUGAUCACCAAAAAGUUAUAAAUGCACUUACAGCAAUCAAAUCAGUAAAUAAGACAGAUGCAGCAACAAUUUUAACGAAUUUCGGUACUUUAGAGAAUCUAGUGAAAGCAUCAGAAAGUCAAUUGGCCUCGUGUAUUGGGUUGGGUCCUAAAAAGGCACAGCAGUUAAUUAAAUUAUUUAAUGAACCAUUUUUGAAAUAA